CGUCUCUAGCUUUGUCACACACAGACGCACCGAGGCUUGUUGUGUCUGCUGCUCGGAGGAGAAGGAGAAAAGCUGAAACAUUAGAGGUUAUGAAUCAGCUGCUAACUUUGCGUGUGGUCGUGUAACGGCUGGACCCGGCGGCUCGUUUAAACCGGAGAAGCGCAGUCGGUGUAUCACGUGUGUGACCGGCUCCUCCUCACAGAGGGAGUGCGAGGGGCAGCCUGUGCUCCAGUCAUGACCUCUGGGAAUGGGAACACUAACAGCGACAGCAGCAGCCAACAAAGUGGAGAGAGCAAACCAGCCCAGGCACUAGUCAAGUCCCACAUCCUCACCCAUCUGAUAGAAGGCUUCGUCAUCCAGGAGGGUGCUGAGCCUUUCCCUGUGGAACGUCCAUCUUUCUCGAUUGAGAGCCUGAGGAGACACACUGCGGACUCAAAGAUGAACGGCAUCUCACCAAAGGAGCUAAAGGCCCAGCAGGAGCCCAUGCUGACCUGUGAGCUGUGUGGCAAGGUGGAUUUUGCCUACGUUUUCAAGAGGUCCAAGAGGUUCUGUUCUACAGUGUGCGCCAAACGCUACAAUGUGGGAUGCACAAAGAGAAUGGGUCUCUUCCCAAACCGCCAAACCACCCUGGAAAACAUGAAGAAACAACGAGCACUGAAUGGAGACCACAAAAACUGCAGUUUAGAGUCUAAAAAGAAGAAGCCUGCUGCUGCUGCUCUGUCCACUGAUCACUCAGUCUACCCUGCGCCGGGAGAGUCCAGCCAAUGUUCGGACUUGUCUGGCUACAAAAGACCCCCGUCCCCCCUGUCGGCCAUCCAGCCCCACAGCUUCCUGCCCAGUGACCCCGGCCGGUGGAACAUAGAGGACGUCUACGAGUUCAUCUCCUCUCUGCCAGGUUGUCUGGAGAUUGCUGAGGAGUUCCGCUCUCAGGAGAUCGAUGGACAGGCCCUGCUGCUGCUGAAGGAGGACCAUCUCAUGGGAACCAUGAACAUCAAGCUGGGCCCUGCACUCAAGAUCUUUGCCCAGAUCAGCACGCUCAAAGACUCGUAGCCCAUCUCGCCCUUCACACAAACACCAAUACACUGCCGUCAGAAGGCAGCUCCGCUAUGACUGGACAAACGCGAUGUGCUCAGGAUCUCCCACGUGUUGACGUACGUGUGAGCUGAGUUCAGGUACUGGGCCAGAAUUGUUUGAUGGACGUUUUGUCGUGGCCUGCUGAACACGAGGACAUCAGCUGGGACUGUUUGACUCACCUUUUACACUGAUAACUUCACUCUGGCACUACUUCAGGAAAACUUCACCCCAUAGUUUAGAUGGGAAUGGUGUGUUAGGUAGGCUGUGUUGGGAAAAGUUUCUUUCAUUGAGAACAUAUUGUUUUCAUGAUGUAUUACUGUACCUUGUGUUCCUGCAGGGGAGGUUUAACGUUAGCAGUUGUUUUGUUCUAGUAUUUCUCUGGAGCGUGACUAUGAAGCAGGGUUAUUAUAGCAAACUUAAACGAAAAUAAGCAGUGGAAAAUAUUGUCGUAAAACUGAAACUAAAUAUACAUCAUUUCAGAAAAACUAAUAAUAAUGAACGUAAAUUCAUUUCAGUCUUAGUUUUUUAGCUAUAAUAUACACCGAUCAGCCAUAACAUUAUGACCACAUGCCUAAU